AAAAUGUACAAUACUCACGAUCUUUUCCACUCCAAAAACAAACCUGUUAGCCAUCCAUCAGCACCAUUAUUGCAACACAACAAUUUCUCUGAAGCUCUUCCUUUUGAAGACCCACUCAAAGAUAUGCAAGAAGCACACUCUAUGGGUACAUCAAUUAUGGCUGUAGAAUUUGAUGGAGGUGUUGUAAUUGGAGCUGAUUCUCGUACAACCACAGGUUCAUAUAUUGCUAACAGAGUGUCUGACAAAUUAACUCCUGUCCAUGAUAGAAUUUAUGUUUGUCGUUCUGGUUCAGCAGCUGACACUCAACAGAUCUCCGAUUAUGUUCGUUAUUUCCUUCAAAUACACUCUGUUGAAGUUGGUACCUUACCUUUGGUGGAAACAGCUGCUAAUUUGUUUAAGGAUUUUUGUUAUAACUACAAGGACAAUCUACUUGCUGGUAUAAUUUGUGCAGGUUGGGAUGAAAAGAAUGGUGGAUCUGUUUGGACUAUUCCUCUUGGUGGAUCUUUAAUUAAAGAACCUUUCAGCAUUGGUGGAUCGGGAAGUACUUACAUUUAUGGUUACUGUGAUGCCAAUUUCAAGAAGGGAAUGACAAAGGAAGAAUGUAAACAAUUCGUGAGGAACGCUUUGUCUCUUGCUAUGGCACGUGAUGGUAGUAGUGGUGGUGUUGUUCGUCUUGCUGUCAUUACCAAGGAUGGUGUUGAAAGAGAAGUCCAUCAUGAAGGUCAAGGUGGUACAUUGCCAAAACAUUAUUCAGAUUAAUCAUUGUAUAAAUAAUUCAUUUACGUUGUAUAUUU